AUGCGUAAACGCACUACCUCCACUGAUAUGCUCAGCAGAAAUAUUUCCAUCAUAUUGGAGAAUCUCUUGAAAAGUUACGAACAGUCCCAGCUCCCGACACAUGGACAAGGAAUACCGACAGUGGUACGUACAAAUAUUCUUAUUCGCAGUAUGGGUCCUGUUUCGGAACUCGACAUGGAUUAUUCUAUGGAUUGUUACUUUCGUCAAUACUGGCGGGACAAAAGACUUAGUUUUCAAGGGCCAAUUAAGAGUUUAUCCCUCAGCAUAAAGAUGUUGGAUAAGAUAUGGCGACCUGACACAUAUUUCUAUAAUGGAAAACAUUCACACAUACAUACAAUUACAGUGCCCAACAAAUUAUUAAGACUAAGUCAAGAUGGAGACAUUUUGUACUCAAUGAGAUUAACCAUAAAAGCCACUUGCCCAAUGGAACUUAAAAAUUUUCCUAUGGAUCGACAAUCCUGUCCUCUAAUUAUUGGCAGUUACGGCUACGCAAAUCGGCAACUGGUCUAUGAAUGGAAAGGGCAAGACGACGCAGUAUCUUUCGUUCCUGGAAUGACCCUAAAUCAGUUCGAUUUAAUAAGCAUGAAACAUAGAAACUUUACAUAUACGCGAAGGGAAGGCGACUUCUCCGUACUUCAUGUUGCGUUUAAUCUAAAAAGACAUACGGGCUAUUUUUUAAUACAAGUUUAUGUUCCUUGCAUUUUGAUUGUUGUUUUGUCGUGGGUUUCAUUUUGGAUACAUCGAGAAGCCACAAGUGAUCGUGUUGGUCUCUGUGUGACCGCUGUUUUGACGCUUUCUACAAUAAGCUUGGACUCACGCACUGACUUGCCGAAAGUGAAAUAUGCAACUGCUUUAGACUGGUUUCUAUUGAUGAGUUUUCUUUAUUGUAUUGCCACACUUCUUGAAUUUGCCGGAGUACACUAUUUCACUAAAGUCGGCAGCGGAGAGAUACCUGCAAGCGAAGAUGAAUGGGAAAAUAUUGAAGAAGACCCACUUGAACAAGAGCACGAGGAUGUCAGUGAAAGUUGUACGCCUGGCCAAAGUAACGAGUCCAUAUGCGAUUUAUCUCAAUCUAUGCAGGGUAAUUUUCGCAAGCGAAAUAUCACAAUUUGUCCCAUAUAUAAUGAUCCUACACAUAUAUUUCAAGCGCCGUCAUCUCAUGCUUCUACUAUGGAACGCACAACACAAACCGAACCGCCAAUCAUUUCAAAGGGAAGACAGAUGUGGCUCUGUCUAAAGGGUGACGUCAAAUUUAGGAAGCAACGGGAAAGAGAUGCUGCAGUUAUAAAGGGAACUCGUUACGUGAAUAGUGUUUCCACAAUCGAUCGCAUCGCUCGUAUUGCCUUCCCAAUGUCAUUCGCUCUAUUCAAUUUGCUCUAUUGGUUGGCAUAUGGCAUGUACAAAAAAGAGUUCUCCUGGUCAACUCUGAAAGGUUGAAGUAAAUAUGUGAAAGAAUAUGCAAUAUUUGAGUUAUGUCAAAACCGUUAAAGUUGUUGUUAAUAAAUAGUUAUGUUUGAUAAUAAAAAUUAAAAUCUUUA